AUGGUAUCUCUCCAGUUUAAAUCUCGUUCUCCUCUUUAUCUAAAAACUGAUUCUGAAAACCCUAGAACAAAUCGACAUCAGCGACCCUUCAUCGUCUUCUUCAUAGAUCGGGAGAGGGAAGAAUCGAGCAAUCAAGCAUCGAACAGAGGUGGUCUUGGUGGUGCUAUUGGGAUCUUCCGUCGGGAUUGUUCGGGAAAUCUGCUUCAAGCCCGCAUCACAUCUAUUGAUAAUCCAGUCCUCAUUACCAGUUCAUCUCGUGCUCUCAUUAAAGGAGUUAUCCCUAAGUAUUUUAGCUUUGUGUGGUCGUUGGAUCAGUUCCGAUUGGUUGAAGGCUCUCAGUAUAUUGUUGCAUUUGGUCAUCAAAAGAACACAGUGGUGAUUCUUGGCUUAGAUGGAAGUUUCUAUAGAUGCCAAUUUGACCCAAAAGCUGGAGGGGAGAUGACUCAACUGGAAUAUCACAACUUUGUGAAGCCUAAUGACUCUUUCUAA